AUGGCCAGCCCGAUAUCUCCUCCAGAGGAUCAGACUCGUCUCCUUGAGGAAGCAUUGGGGGUGGUCCGCCAGCAGUCGCAAAUGAUGCGAAAGUGCCUCGAAACCCCCGGGAAACUCAUGGAUGCGCUCAAAUGCGGGUCUACCUUAGUUUCUGAAUUGCGGACACCCAGCCUAGGGCCCAAGCAAUACUACGAACUGUACAUGGCAGUUUUCGACGCAUUGCGACACCUCUCCGUUUACCUGAAAGAGAACCAUCCCGUUAACCACUUAGCCGAUCUGUACGAGCUUGUUCAGUAUGCAGGCAACAUUAUUCCGCGACUCUAUCUCAUGAUUACAGUGGGCACGGUUUACAUGUCCGUGGAAGAUGCCCCGGUUAAGGAGAUUAUGAAAGAUAUGAUGGAAAUGAGCAGGGGCGUGCAGCAUCCAAUUCGCGGUCUGUUCUUGAGGUACUACCUGUCUGGUCAGGCUAGAGAUCACUUGCCCACUGGGACUGGUACUGGACCGGAGGGUAAUAUUCAGGAUUCGAUCAACUUCGUCCUGACCAAUUUCGUCGAAAUGAACAAACUGUGGGUUAGGUUGCAGCACCAGGGUCCUUCGCGGGAAAGAGAAAAGCGAAUGCAAGAGAGACGGGAGCUGGAGUUACUGGUGGGAAGCAACAUUGUUAGACUCAGUCAGCUGGUAGACCUCGAGGGUUACAAGUCGGGUAUACUGCAGGCAUUGUUGGAACAGGUCGUUCAGUGCCGGGAUGUUCUUGCGCAGGAGUAUCUGCUUGAAGUGAUCACCAAGGUGUUCCCCGACGAAUUCCACCUCCAUACUCUUGACCUCUUACUCUCUGCGAUUGCUAGACUUAAUCCCUACGUGGACUUGAAGAAGAUUGUCAUCGGGCUCAUGGAUCGGUUGUCGGCAUUUGCGGCUCGAGAGACAGAGUCGGCUGCGGACCCGGACACGAGGAAACAGAGAGAAGAGGAAGCUGUCGAGAAGCUUCUCGAGAAACUCAAGAUUUCUGAAGCUUCCAAAGAUGAAGCGGCUGAGAGCGCAGAAGCUAGCGCGGCCCAGGAGAACGGAGUCGAGAAGUUCUCAACUGAAAUAUUCGAAAAUGCUGAAAGGAAGCCUGAAGGAGAAGAGAUGACAGCCAGCACUGAUGGCGCAAACCCGAAUAUUCCUUCCGAUGUCGCAUUAUACACCAUUUUCUAUGAUCAGGUGGUCAAUCUAAUCCAGAACCGCGGCCUGCCUAUUCAGGAUACCAUGGCAUUACUGGUGUCAUUGGUCAACCUAGCCUUGAAUACCUACCCAGACCAAUUAGAAUAUGUCGACAAGAUCCUGGAUUUUGCGACUCAAAAGACCUCCGAGUACACUGAUCACGCUGACCUGCAUUCUCCCCCGGCCCAACAAAACCUUCUGCAUCUCCUCCUCGCUCCCCUUCGCUCCUAUGCCUCCAUCUUCACAGCCUUGGCCUUACCGCAUUACCUUCCGCUCCUCACUGCUCAAUCUUAUCCUACCCGACGAUCGGUUGCAGGUGAAAUCGCUCGCAGCCUUCUCAAGAACCGAACUCUGAUUGCGACGACGGAGAACUUGGACCGUGUUCUACAAGCCCUUAGGGUCGUGAUUAAGGAGGGUACACAACAAGCCAUGGGAUAUCCUAGUUCCCAGCGACGAGGAGGAGAAACUGACGAAACCAUCGAGGAGCAAGGGUGGCUUGCGAGGUUGGUGCACCUGAUCCAGUCUCCUGACAAUGAUACCCAACUCAAGCUCCUCCAAGCAACCCGUAAGGCCUAUGCGGACGGCAACGAGCGAAUCCGAUACACGACACCCGCAAUCAUCACGUCUUCGAUACGGCUGGCCCGCAAGCUGAAGUCCCGUGAACACUACGACGACAACUGGCAAUCACAAUCCUCAGCACUUUACCGGUUCAUGCACCAGUGUGUCAACAACCUAUACCAGCGCGUGAACCCCGGUUGCGCCGACCUGUCAUUGCGCCUGUUCGUUAUGUGCGGUGAAGUAGCCGACCAGACCGGUUUCGAGGAGUUCAGCUACGAGUUCUUUGCUCAGGCAUUUACAAUUUACGAAGAUUCCAUCAGCGACUCGCGUGCUCAAUUCCAAGCCGUGUGUAUCAUUGCAGGUGCCUUGCAUGGGACACGAGGUUUCUCUAAGGAGAAUUAUGACACACUCAUCACCAAGACUGCGUUGCAUGGCAGCAAACUGCUUAAGAAGCCCGACCAGUGUCGCGCGGUAUAUCUCGCAAGCCACCUCUGGUGGAUUGUGGAGAACCCACAGAGGGAAGAAGAUCCCCAGAACCUCUACCGCGACGGCAAGCGCGUCCUCGAAUGCCUCCAACGUGCUCUCCGCGUCGCAGACGCUUGCAUGGACACCGCCGUCUCUGUUGAACUCUUCGUCGAGAUCCUCAACCGCUACGUCUACUACUUUGACCAACAAAACGAAACCGUCACGACCAAGUACCUCAACGGCCUCAUCGAGCUCAUCCAUUCUAACCUGCAGACAAACGAGGAUGAGCCAAACCCCAGCCUCGAGGGCCCGAAGCGCCAUUUCCAGCGGACGCUGGAUUACAUCCGGUCGAGGGAGUACGAGGGUGUUGUUACGGAGGCUAAGCAGUGA